AUGGCAAGUUUAGAUAAUCCUUCAACAGACAUCUUAGAAUACGAUGACGACGACGAAUUUCUGUACGGAUCUACUCUUCCCUCAACAAACGAACAAGUUGCUACCGAAAAAAAUAGCUAUAGUUUUCCCAGAAGUGAACAGAAAAGCACGAGCGAUAAAGAUGGCAAUGAUUUAUAUGAUCCGUCACAUCCAACAUCAGAUGAUAAAGUCGAAGACGAUGAUCUCUAUGAUAUAUAUGGAGAGGCAGCAGUCGAACAAUCAAACGGUGGUGGCCAUCAACCAUCAACAACAAGCCGUAACCCUGCAGUUGAUAUAAAUGCAGUUGGUCAGAUUGAAGGUGUUAAUUUAUAUGACGUGGACUUGGAUUCUUUUGAAGAUAAACCUUGGAGAAAACCAGGUGCAGAUAUAACUGACUAUUUCAAUUUCGGAUUUAAUGAACACACAUGGCGAUCUUAUUGUGCUAAACAAAAACAAAUACGUGAGGAUCAACAUCAAAGAAAAAGAAUAAAUGUUUAUGAAUCAAAACAACACGAGCAUAGAUCUGAACAUUCACGCUAUCAACAACGUGGUCGAGGUCGUCGUGGAAGAGAUCAUGAUGAUUCAGUAAUUCAAGUGGUUUCUAGUGAACGUGAGGCUGUUUUAGAGGAACUCGAACCAAUACCACCACCACAAAUCGUUGAUGGACGACAAAAUGAUGAUUAUGGAAUGCAAGAUACUGGAUAUCCACAAGAUUUUCCUGGUCCACCAAUGGGAGUUCAUAUGUUUGGUGCACCACCAGAAAUGGGAGGUCCAAUCGGAGGCCCAAUUGGGGCACCACCGCCAUUUUUCAUGGGCAAUCCUGAAAUGCCUCCAACCGGUCCUAUGGGUUAUGAUCCUUCAUUCCGUGGAGGACAACCAAUGCGACAAAUGAUGCGAUCCGGAGGUAUGCCGGGCAUGCCUUCUAGGAUACCACCAGGUAUGCCAAGUGCAAUGAGCGGUGGCAUGCCAGGCGGUAUGCCAGGUAGAAUACCACCGGGAAUGCCAAGUGGAAUGGCUGGUGCUAUGAUGAGUAGAGGAAGAGGAAUGCCAAUGGAAGAUAGAUCAUAUUUUUCGAUGGAUGAACCAUCAUCGUGGGAUAUGGAUAAUCGUAAUCAAUCACAAUAUCGACCAAAUUUUCCGAAUGCUCCAUUUGCACAUCGAAUGCGACCAUCUUCAUUACAUCGAUCUGGUGGUGGCCGCGAUACAUCAGUUGAUAGUCGAAUUUCUGAUAGAGCUGGCGGUGAAGAUGAGCGCGAUCGAAUUGAAAGAAGUGGCGGUGGUGGUGAUCGAUUGUAUCCUAUGUAUGAUAGUAGGGAACGAGAAGAUAGUCGGGGCUAUCCUUCUAGAGCAUUAAGGGAAGAGGAACGAUGGGAUGUCUCAAGAAAAAGAAGUGGAAGCUCUGUUCCUCGUGAUGAAGAUGAGUUCAGAACGAAACGAAGACAUUAA